CUCCCGAGCCCGCGGCCGCGCUAAUUAAUCAUUGACAGCGGCGCCGCGGGCAGGGCCAAGGUCGGCCCGGAGCCGCUUAGUCGCCGCGGCACCCCGGUUGCGCUCCCGGUGUCGGUGCCCGAGGAUGUGGCUGUACCUGGCGGUGGUGCUGGUGGGGCUGUACCUGCUGCGGCGCUGGCACCGGGAGCGGCAGACGGUGCCGAGGCUCUCGGAGAAGUAUGUGCUGAUCACAGGCUGCGACAGCGGCUUCGGCAACCUGCUGGCACAACAGCUGGACGCCCGGGGGCUGCGGGUGCUGGCCGCCUGCCUGACCAGCAGCGGGGCCGCGCAGCUGCGGGCGGCUGCCUCACCGCGGCUGCAGACCGUCCUCCUGGAUGUCACCUCCAGCCAGAGCAUCGCCACCGCCACCGCCUGGGUCCGGGAGUGUGUGGGCGACCGAGGGCUCUGGGGGCUGGUGAAUAACGCAGGGAUUGCCAUCCCGACCGCCCCUAAUGAGUGGCUGACCAAGGACGACUUCGUCAAGGUGCUGGACGUCAACCUGGUUGGCCUCAUCGAGGUGACGCUGAGCCUCCUGCCCCUGGUGCGGCAAGCGCGGGGCCGGGUGGUCAAUGUGGCCAGCGUGAUGGGCCGUGUCUCCUUUUUUGGCGGGGGGUACUGCAUCUCCAAGUAUGGCGUGGAGGCCUUCUCUGACAGCCUCCGGCUUGAGAUGCGCAGCUUCGGGGUGAAGGUCAGCGUGAUUGAGCCAGGCUACUUCAAGACAAUGAUCACCAACACCGAGAUCCUGGAGAAUAAUUUUCUUUCCAUCUGGGAGAAGCUCCCGGGGGAAAUCAAAGCAAGUUACGGGGAGAAUUACUUGAAGCAGUUUUUGGUAACAUUCAGGAAGAUGCAGAAGAGAUACAACUCCAACCUGACGCUGGUCACAGACUGCAUGGAGCAUGCGCUGACCAGCCGCUACCCUCGCACGCGCUACUCUGCAGGCUGGGAUGCCAAGCUGAUCUACAUCCCCCUCAGCUACCUGCCGUCAGCCCUCACAGAUGUCGUAUUCACCUGGCUCUCCCCCAUACCUGCCUGGAAAGCCUAAGGCAGGGAAUCAGCAUAGGCAGCUGACAGGCAGCAGCAGCCAGGGCCGGGCAGCACAGGGUGGGACCCAGCAUGGCCCACAGCCAAGGCCAUGCCAAUAGGUUCUUGAAUUUUUAAUGCAAUGUAUGUUUCACAACCCACUGUCCUCUGUUAGCAGACCAGUUUGCUUCUGAAUAAAGACAGCUCCUCCUCCCUG